AUGAUUUCGUCUAUCUUGCAGGACUAUGAUCUGAUAGUACCCCUCUUGCCAUUGGGAGAUUUGGAUGGCUCGUCUGGCAAGACCCGCCUUGGGCGCGGAGGUCGGCCGGGCCUGUACACCGACAACAACCCCUUCAAAGGCCGCAAUGGCAAAGGCAAAGGAUACUGGGGUGGCAAAGGUUACGACGCUUGGACAAACAAAGGCAAGCACCCGACUAAGGGCAAGGACAAAUCUGGCAAGGGCAAGGGCUUUGGAGCUGGUAAGCAAGAAUGGUUGCCGGAGGGUCUUAGAUAUCAGGGGGCCUCGGCUUGGAAUCAUAAGGGCAACAAGAAUUGCUACGGCUUCAACCUGGGGACGUGCACGGACGCCAAUUGCCAGAAAGGUGACCAUUCGUGUAUCAUCUUUAAGUGUGGUGGCGACCACCCGGUGUCGUCUGAGGUUUUGACAUCGGAUGAGCCCAUGGCGAGUGAGGGAUUGGAUCCCUCGCCGUCGGAGCAGCCGACUUGCGACUUUGAUGAUGCUGCCGGGGCCCAGGCCUCGCACCAAGCUUUUUCCAUGGAAGCAGAGCCUUCCGCGCGUAUUUCCCCGCCAGGGAAUCCUUUGCCGUCGUCAGGACCUCUGUCGCAGACCUCUGAAGGAGCACCCGAUGCGACGGGUCCCACCGGACCUACUCGUGCAGUGUUACAGUGUUUUGCUGGCCAAGCGCAGCUGGCCUCGGCCCUAAUCAAGCAAGGUUAUUUUUCUUAUGGAGUGGAUCGUGUCAAGCACAAGUCUGCUAUGGCACCAGUGUUGCAGAUGGAUUUGUCAUCCCGGUCUGCGUGUGACUCCAUUCUCACAUGGCUGGACAAGCAAAAGGUGGCAGGAGUCAUGCUUUGUGUCCCCAAACACACUCUGGAGCCCACCACUCUGGCUUUUGUUUAUGCUGUCAUCGCGGGCUGUAUGGAACGCGACUUGCCCCUAGUUCUCGAAGGAGCUUCGGCAUCACCGUUUUGGAAGGGUGUGGAGCAGCUCCCUGCGGGGCAGCUGCCACCUCACAGAGUUGAGGUCGAGUGGCGUUGUUGGAGCAGUGCACACUCUGGUCGGGCCUCGGUUAUGUCGAACAUGCCUGAGAUAGUCGCUCUGCGUCGGGACGUGCCCGAGCCUGCGCCUCGGACAGCUGCACUUGGCGCUUCAACUGCAGGAUUAACAAAGCCGCUCGGGUGGCGGCGAAACAACAGCCUCUCAUUGUCGGAAGUUGUGCCGGAAUGGAAACUGGUAGUGUACGUCCUCCUGCCCCGCUCCGCUGGAGCGGAUCCUUUUGCGGGCGCCAAGCGUCUUAAACAGGCGUGGCCGGUGCCUGAGGACGUUCGAGUUCUGCCCGGUCUCAAGACCCUUCCCGCAGACUCGCAGCUUCUGUCGCGGACUCAGGCAGGGGGGAGCUUGAGCCCGCAACUUCAGCAGGAAAUGCAACAACUAAAUGGUUCAUGGGUUUUACGAGUGGGAAUACCAUGGGAUCCCAUUGAGUUCAUUGGGCAAGCAGGAAAGCUUGGGCACCCUUUUCAUCAACUAUCCAAGAGCAACAAACCUCUGGAAGAGCUAAUUGAGCAGCUGGUGCACAAGCCCAGCAUGGUAAGUUCCAAGAGGAAGAGCUAUAUCGAACGAUGGAGCAGACGGGCUAAAGCCUUGGAGCCCGAAGAGGCAAAGCUGAAAGCUGGCAUGUCGCAACAUCGGAGAAAAAUCUUGGACUCGAAGCGCAUCCUCCUCUUCAAAGAGAUGCUUGAGGACAUUCGAUACGAUGACAUUGGAGUUGUCCAAGAACUCAUAGAAGGUGCUACCUUGACCGGUGACCUCCCA